CCUGUCUCCCUCUCUCUCAUUCUCUCUCUCACUCUCUCCAGGCAUACCAUACUAAUUCGCCUUGUACACAAUGCUCUAAACACACAGAUACACGUGCGCGCGGUGUAGGGUGACUAUAAACCACUUAGACCCAUUAAUUUGGAGUUGAUAGGGGAACAGGUUGCGGCACACGACGCCAGCACGGUUGCAUGAGAUGUUUUCAUCUCGCAGGUAGACGAAAGAGCAGUUGACAAAUUAAGCCAAAAGUCGCUAGACGAUUCUUGAAAGAUGCGUCGAGCUCCAGGUAUGCCUCAACCGAUUUCCAACUACCGUCGACGAAGCUUGGAUUUUUGAUUUUCCAUCUGAAUCAUUUUCGCCUCACUUUCGCUUAAAAUCGCAGACUCACCAGCAAGUUAAUAACUAAUAACAGCAUAUUGACAGAAAAAUGACUUUGUAAGUAAAUAACAUUUCUAGCAGACGAUACUAUCCUGUUUGUGUGAUUAAAAGCGGAGGAAGGACUUGUUAAAACAAAAUCGCGGCUUGAUUUAUCUUGAAUAAUUAAAAAGUAUUCCUAUUAAGAGGUACGAACGCAGCUUUGGAGCAGCACGACAUAUUCAGCAGAAAAACAGCUAAAGGACGACCAAACUAAGAAAAGGAAAGAGAGGAAUACAAAGUAUCCGAGAUGGAUGCUCAGCUCAUGCGGAGUCACUUCUCACAGGGGUCUCGGCGGGCUCUCUCCCUUCCCUGCUUACUCCUUCUCGUCUGCAGCUCACGCGCUUGGUUUCCACGUCUCACCGCCGGGUGCAUCGCCCGGAACUCACGGGGACCUUGCUAUCACGACAUCGAUGGCAGCAGCGGCUGCGGCGGUCAGGGUCCAGAGCUCUAUGAAGAAGGAUCUUAAACAUGUUUCCGGAGAUUGUUUUUCCUCCAAGAGCAAGAUGAUGAAGAUUGGAGGGAUCGAAGAUGAUCAUGAUAAAAAUGAUAAAGAUGACAAGGAUUCAAAUGAUAACAAGAGGAGGAGAAGUCGAACCAACUUCAAUGGUUGGCAGCUGGAGGAGCUUGAACGCGCCUUCAAUGAGAGUCAUUACCCAGAUGUCUUCACCAGGGAAGCACUCGCAAUGCGAUUGGACCUUGUUGAGUCACGUGUUCAGGUGAGGGUUUGGUUUCAGAACCGGCGUGCAAAAUGGCGGAAGAGGGAGAAUACUCGGAAAGGCCCCGGUCGCCCCGCCCACAACGCGCACCUGACGUCAUGCAGUGGAGACCCUAUCCCUCCUGAUGAACUUGAGCGAAGAGAGAGGAUGAAGAUGGAGAGGAAAAUCAAGAAACAAAAAGAGAAGACAGAUAAAGUACCGAAUCGACAGGUGUCGAGGAGAGUUGGUGGUGGCAGUCAGGCCGAAGGGAGUGGUGGUGGAGAUGGUGAGGAGAGAAGGCGAGACUCAUGUAGUUCCUCAACGGGUAUAUGUGUGGAUGGACCGGGAGGCUUCUUAUCGGACGGUCAUCUCUCCCAGAAAGACUUCAUGGAAAGCUCUAGCGCUGAACCCAGCGAGAUCGAUUCAGAAUGCAUGGACAGUAUGAGUAUUGAUACAACGGAGGAGCAGCGAAAACUCCCGGAUUCGCCGCGCUUCAAGUUAGCGGCACGAACACUCCUCAAUCCGCUGCGUGGCGUCGGGCCGUUACCGCGGUUCGACGGCGAUAAACUUCAAGAUUGCGACGCUGCAUCCGCAUUCCAUAGCUCGUUUAGUAUCGAUAGGCUUCUGUCUCGCCAGCCGGAGCAGCACCGGGAUAUCAAACCAGGAACCGUCGCCGCAGCCGCCGCUGCCGCUGCCCUCUGGCCCGACUUCUGCCCUAGCUACGCGCUGGCAGCACCCAACCCUCUUGCGUGGGGCGCACUUACGACAUUCGGGUUCCCGAGGAUGUGGGCCGGUUUGACGGCUGAUCGACUAGCCGGUUGCCUGCGGGCUAACAGUCAGCAGAUGGGCCUGCUAGAUGCAUGGAGAGAGAGAAAGACAAUGAGUGUUGAGGCUCUAAGAAAGAAAGCACAGGAACAUAAAGAGGCGUUGAGUAAGAAUGAACUCAGCGACGGAUGAACAGAACUGUAUAAAUAAAUGUAUCAAAUUAUUGUAGUGUAUGAUAGUUAUUAAUAUCUUACAAGUGUGGAGUGGAGGUUGUUGACAAAAAUAUUGAAGUUAUUUUGAAGAUUAAAUUAUAUUUACUUUUUAUGUGAAUCAUGAAAGAAUGAAUUUAUUAUAAGUUUAAAAAUCCCUCUUUUACCAAAUGGAAGAAAACAUGUAGGCCUACAUAUUGCCAUGGGAACUGUUUUCCAGGGCACGCAGGGGCGGGGACCUUUCGAUUUGUCUUCAUUCUGUAUUAAUUAAUAAUAUUAGAAAUGUUAUAUCAGUCUAAAAUCUGACCCUGGAUAUUUGCCUACAUAAAUACCAUGUUGUGGGUGUCACUCCCAAAACCUCGCCUUUGGCAAUAUGAGAAACUUACCAUAAUCAUC